AUGCCGAACCACCAUAUCGUCGACGGAAGAGACCCUGAAAAGGGCCACACUGCUGCGCCGUACGGGUAUGAGAAGGAGGGCGGUGUCCAUGAAGAGCCGUUUGUGCAUGGAGCGGCGACCGUCGCCGAGGCUUCGGGACAGGGAGGAGAGACACAUCGAGGGCUGAAGAGCAGACAUAUUCAGUUCCUGGCUCUUGGAGGUGCUAUUGGAACUGGUCUGUUCAUCGGAUCUGGAGCAAUUCUCGCCUUGGUCGGACCUGCUCCGCUGUUCAUGGCAUACCUUAGUAUGAUGAUCGUUGUCUGGAACGUUAUGAACAAUCUCGCCGAGAUUGUCACAUAUCUUCCCAUGAAGGGUAUUACGAUCCCUUAUUUUAUCAAGAGAUUCGUAGACCCCAGCUUAGCAUUCGCAACUGGCUGGAACUACUGGUACGCAUAUGCCGUUCUGGUCGCCGCCGAAGCUACCGCGGGAGCCAUUCUUCUGGAAUAUUGGGAGACGCCUGUCCACAAAGCCGUAUGGAUCACCAUCUUUCUCUUGGUCAUUUUGGUCCUCAACAUCGUGGCCGUUGAAGUGUUCGGAGAAGCCGAGUUCUGGUUCGCAUCCAUCAAGUUCAUUACCAUUAUGGGCUUGGUCAUACUCGGAUUCGUCAUCAUGCUGGGUGGCAGUCCAAACGAUCAAGGGCGACUCGGGUUCCGGUACUGGAACAAUCCGGGAGCUUUCACGCCAUUCAUAGCAAGCGGGAACUCCGGAAGGUUCUUGGCUUUCUGGACGGCUUUUGUUCGGGCCGGUUUUGCUUUCAUUACCUCGCCUGAGUUGAUUGCUCUUUCUGCCGGAGAAACAAUUGCCCCUCGUCGCAACAUCCCCAAAGCUGCUGGCCGCUUCGUUUACCGUCUCGCCAUCUUCUACGGCUUCGGUUCCUUCAUCAUCGGAGUCAUCGUUCCUUCAGAUGAUCCGCGACUGCUGUCCGGUAAGGGCAACGCCUCCGCAUCUCCCUUUGUCAUCGGCAUCCAACGAGCUGGAAUCGUCGGUUUGAACCACGUUGUCAACGCCGCGGUCCUAACAUCUGCCUGGUCUGCUGGAAAUGCCUUCCUCUUUUCUGGAUCUCGUGUUCUAUACGGCAUGGCUCUAAACGGCGAAGCCCCCAAGUUUUUCGGAAAGACGAGCAAGAAAGGUGUGCCGUACUUUGCUGUCCUAGCAACAUGGGGAUUCGGUCUUCUCGCCUACCUUAACGUGUCCAACAGUGGUGCACGCGUCUUCCAAUGGUUCAGUAACAUUUCCACCAUUUCCGGGUUCAUUGCCUGGAUUGUGGUCAUGAUAACGUACAUCCGCUUCCGCAAAGCCAUGGUGUACAACAACAUGCUCUCCGAGCUUCCUUACCGCACGCGUUUCCAACCCUACGCUACCUACGUUGUUCUAGGCGUCGUCUCACUUCUCACUAUUACCAACGGUUUCCAUAUCUUCGUUCCCUCGAGAUGGUCCGUGUCUGACUUCUUGGCUGCCUACAUUACGCUUCCGAUCUUCUUGGUGCUGUAUGUAGGGCACAAGAUCUGGUUUAGGACGCCGUUCGCCAUCAAGAUAGAGCACAUUGAUGUCAUGACGGGAAAGAAGGAGAUGGAUGAAUUGUGCAAGAAUGAUAUCUCGGGCGCGCCGGUGCCGAAGAACAUCUUCGAAAGGGUGUGGUUUUGGAUCGCUUAG